GAUUUUCUCCCUUUUGUCUGUGAUGGCUGCUUUGGAGUCUUUUGUCUUCAGCACAGAAGUCGAGCUGCUCAUGGUUGUUCUGAGGUUCUCCAUGGUCUCUUCAGCUACAAAAGGUUCAACUAGUGCAACAUUUCAAACUGUAUCUUCAUCCAGUGCUCCUUCACAUAAUAAGUGGUCCUCUUGAAUAGCAUCCCCAGGUUCAUUGAUCAUCGUUGGUGGUUGUGAUCCAGUUGUUGUUGUUAUGUGCCUUCAAGUCGAUUACGACUUAUGGCUACCCUAUGAAUCAGCGACCUCCAAGAGCAUCUGUCAUGAACCACCCUGUUCAGAUCUUGCAAAUCUAAAAAGUGAAGUGAAACCAGAUCACCACAAAUCUUUCUUGUGCACAUAUAAAGGCUGUGAUGGAAGAGAACUUGUACCUGUGUUGUGCCCGUACUGUGAAAAGCAGUUUUGCUUACGGCACCGCCAUCAGGUAGACCAUGAAUGUGAGAAAUUGGAAAUCCCAAAACCUCGCAUGGCUGUUACCCAGCAGCUUGUUAAAGAAAUUGUAGGUUCUAAGAACGAAGCCACAGUGGAUAAAAGAUGCAGAGGAGCCAAGAACAGUGAAACAGCAGCAAAGGUGGCCCUAAUGAAACUGAAAAUGCAUGCAUGUGGGGAUAAGUCCUUGCCACAGACAGAGAGAAUCUACUUUCAAGUGUUUUUACCUAAAGAGAGCAAGGAGAAAAGCCAGCCCAUGUUCUUUAGUAGUAACUGGAGCAUCGGCAGAGUGACAGAUUUUGCAGCUUCCCUGGCAAACCUAAAAAAUGAUAACAACAAAACUACGGCUAAGAAAUUACGACUCUGCCACCCAGUGUCUGGAGAAGCUUUGCCUUUGGACCACACUUUAGCAUCUUGGAUAAACAGCAAAGAAUCCCUGCUAAGUAAUGGUGGAAAUGUGAUCUUGGAAUACCUUGAUAAUGAAGUCCACUUUUUAGAAAAUGCAACUUCAUAUCUAGAGUAAUUAUGGAAAACAUUCUACGUGUAACUGUCAGACUGAAUAUAAGACUAUACUUUUGGUCUGUUGAUAGUUUCAUCAUGUGUUCUUUUUAUUACCUUUAAAGAAAAAUUAACAUAUGUCAGAAUUUAUUCUGUUUCAAAGUAGGCCAAGGAAUUACUCAUAAAUGUAUGUUUCUCAAUUGAUGGCUCUCAGAACAAUAUGUAAACUAGGGCUGUGCAAGCCCCCCCCCCCAACGAUCCAGUUCGGGGCCUGAUACAGCCCAGGUUAAGAUUUAUCCAAAGCCAAUCUGGAAAUCUGAAUCUUGUAUUCUCAUUCACUUGCAUUAGGGUUGCUUUGGUUUCCUUUUUGCUUUUUUCACAUAGGUGCAAGAAAUUUGGAGGCAUUGAUAGUCCCUCAAGAAGGUAUUAAUCCUGUCACAUAUCAGACAGGUAGUUCCGGGGCUUUUUAUCCUGGUUGUAAGUUUGCUUUUAAAAAAAAUAAUAAAGAUUGUACUGCAGUGUUGUAUGUAAUAUUACAUUGUAACAUGCUUGUGCACUGACUGUGUAUAAUGUGCUCACAAGACUUAAACACGCACAAGAAGCUACUAAUAAAUACAGACACAAAAAACAACACAGAUGUAAGUAAAAUGCAAAGCUAGUCUAAAAAAGGACUAAAAUGAAGGGUGGGGAAAGAAUUAUUAUAUGGUUGUAUAAGGAUGAAAGUGGGAUUGAUUGGGAAAGGAUGGGAAACAUGUAUAAGACUGGACAGCAUACUGUGAAGGAAACAAAACACAAGCUGAGUAAAUGCCACCAGUCUCUUUUUGAGAGACAGAACUUGCAAGAGUGAAGGCAGUGUGAGCUUGCUCCUUUUUAAGAUUUCACUAUCCUACACCCCCAGCACUGUGAUUAGAGAGUGCUGGGUGAGCUUUUAGCCCUGGAUUAGAAGCUAGAGCGCUCAGUGAGCAAAGUAUAGCUCCCCUCCCGCUGUAAUCCUUUGUAAUUAAGUGUUCUGUAAUUGAAUAUCCAGUGCUGCUACACUGAAAAUAAUGGACACUUUGCAACUGAUGCUUGGGCAUACAUU